UUGAAAAUCGUCGAAAAAUCGUUGCGCGAUAAUUCGCUUCGACUUGCACAAUUGAUUUGCAACAAUCUCCGCGCCAGGAGGUUUUAAGGGGAGGAGGGGGAUAAACACAAGGUCCCAAUUUAGUUGGAACGUCUCGUUUACAAGGCAAGCGGCACGAGCGUUAUCAAGACCCGAGACGCUCGGAAACGCACACGUAGAACGUGUGGCAACAUCGUCGAAGGUACAUUUCCUUUAAUUGGCCAGCAUAUAAUCAGAACACCAGACUCAAAGUAUGAGAAGCCCCACACGAGGCCUACCACUCAACGCCGCCGGAACUCGACGCUAUCGAUGUCGGAACUGCGCCUUCACCGCUUGGCCGCCGGUGAAGGCGGAAACGCGCACAUCGCGGUCAAGCCGAGCAGGAUAACAGACUGCGAAUCAAAGAUGAGAACUGCGCGCGCGAGCGUUGGCGGCGUGAACCGGUUUGCGAUCGGCUAACGGCUGAUUACACUUUAGGCGAGGUCGGCGCGUAAGCGCGUCUGGAAGGGACUCACGAAGAGGGGUCUCUUUACGCGUUUACGUCCGCUUACACGGCCAGCUCUCUUCUCGCGGAUAUGUCAAUAUCCGCGAGUCACAACCGACCGCCGAAUAAUUCGCGUUGGUCACACAUUUUUCCGGACAAAGUUGUGUAGCGCUCCUAGUUGUCACAAUUGAGAGACGCGUUUGCGCUGCGAUUAGUUCAUAAAGGAAUGUACUUAAACCUUCAAAGUCCACAUGUUUGGAAUUUAAACUACGGGAGGAUAACGAUAUUUUUGAAUGUUAAGUUAAUCAAAUUUAUUUUCACACUCUGUACUGUCACUUCGAUUCCUGUCAUAACUGAUUACAGCGCGAACGCGUCAGCAGUGUCUCCUAAUUUAGGACUAGUAACUGAGUGUACUACACAGGAAAUUCAAGUAAAUGUCACUUGCUUCAAGUAUCUCAUGAACUUGUAUAUCCACGAAUCUAUAGUAAAUCAUCAUAAGUACCUAGUUUAAAAUGCAUUCUAAAUCCUAGCAAAUUUAAUAUUUCAAUCGAGAAUGUUAGAUUAAAACAAAGACUUGGUUUGUUUGCCAUAUAUACACACAAAAAAAUAUUAUUCUAUUGCUGAGAAAAGCGAUUACUCAGUUUACUUUCCUUCUUUUAAGCAAUACCAAAGUAUCUCUUUAAUUAUUAAUUACAAAUUUGAGAAAAACUCGCUUUCGUGCAUUCAAAAAAAUGUUUAAUUUCCUUCACAAAAGUGUUACAAAAUUAUCGGAGAAAAAGUUAGUUCGAUUCUAUGUAUUAAGUAAACCUAAUUAAGUAAUUUUUCUUUCAAUUUAAUAUUUUUGAUAGAAAUACUAAACUUAUGAAGAUUUAAAAUGUAUUUUUUAUAAAUUUGAUGGUUACAAUAAAUUUACGAAAUACUUGAAACAGAUAAUGUUCACUAGAAUGCAGUAUGCAUCUUUCUGUAUGUGAAGUCAAACCGACCCUUUCUUCGACAAAGUUUUCUAAUAUUUUUGUAGAGAGAGUAAGAAUACAUGAUCAGCUUUUCUAAGAUACAUGACGAGUAUAUUUUAUGGCUAGUAUCGCGAAAAUAUUUUUUGUGGAAAAUAAGCAUUACUAGAAAAAAGGAAAAUAGACUGACAAGGAACUGUUCUUCUUUAUUCUAAACCAAAUAAAUGAAUUUUUAUUUUAAUCAAUAAAGAACGUUUUAAUAAGUGCUAAGAAUGAAUUUUACAUCUGUGAACUCAUUAGAGUUUUAGAAAUUUAGGAUUUUAUCUAUUAUUAUUUCCCUAUAUCAUAUCUAGAGUCUUUGCUUGGUCAGUUUGAAGACUUUUACGGGACUGUGUACCACAAUGAAAAAUAAAAUUUGUGGAGAAAUCAUGACAAUUUACGUGCAAUUUGUCUAGAAAGCAGUGAUUAAAGCAUAGAUGUCGAUCGCAAUAUCAUCGGAAAUCUAAGUGUAACCUCCAAAAUAGUCAAUAAAAGAUAUUCAAAGUCAAAACAGUACUCUACGAUAUGAUAAAUAGCCCAGGUCGAAAUUAUCAUUUUGAUAAUUCUGGAAUGAUGUGAUAGUAUCGUAAAGGCCUUCAAAGUGAUGAAGACUGACAAGACACUGACAAAGAUAUGAAGCAAUAGACAAAAUCGCACAUUUUUGAAACCCUGGUGAGCUCGCAGACGUAAUCUUCACUUUCAGCACUUAUUGAAACGUUCUUUAUCGAUUGGUUCUAAAAUCUAUUUCUUCGCUCCAGAGAAAGGAGAACGGUCCCUUAUGAGUAAUCGCUUUUCUCAGCAGUGCAGUGCUAGUUAUCUAUGUGUGCGCGCGUGAAUGAAUGAGGGACACUCUCGUAACUUCAAGAGGGUGAGGAAACGAGUCGGUUGACACUCGCUCUCGUCGUCGAUCCCACGGCGACCUUGCGCACUCUCAUUUCAAGCUUACACGAGCAUAUGUGACCAUACCUACUCUACGCCACCCUCAUCCUACGGCCUUGUUCGUCGUCCUCGCUCCUUCCGCGGGGGAAUAGGACACAUUUCACGUACGUGAUAUCGAAUGUCAAUUCGCGAUGCGCGACAACACGGCGAGCAGGACGCCAGCGCGUCCGAAGACGCGCGUGUCCGUGUAAUUAUUGACCGAGAGCUCCGCACCGGUGGUUCGGUGACCCACUUACCGUUGACAACGCCUAUUCUCCUCUGACCUACAUCAUCGUCGUCGUCGUUGACGUCGUCAUCGUCGUCGUCGCGUUCGUCUGUACGAUCUGUUUUCCAUACAGGAACAUCCGACCGGCCGACUUUGCUCGCCAAACGCCGGAAAAUCGCACACACGGGCCGGAACGUGUCGCGCAUACGACAAAUCUCGAUAGCAUUGAUUCCCUUUAUUAUCGUGUCGCUCUUGUGCAGCCAAUUCGAGGACGACACGCAUGAUCGAGGCCAUUGAAUGGCGCGAAUUCACCGUCGCUGAUGAACGUGUUCACUGAACGGUUUAGCUGUGUCAAAUUUCUUUUCUUUCUCUCUCUCUCUUUCUUUUAGCGCGUGACUCAAGACUCUGAGGCUUAAUUGAUCGUUUAUUAGCCGUGACACGUUUAAUCGCACGGACCAGAGGCAAUCUCCGCGGCGCGCGAUUGCCCACCAGUACACGCGCGUAAAACGUGUCGGAGCGGAUUAGAUAACGCGGAAAACCGCGAAAUACGGCGAGCAGUCGCCUAGACGGAGCACGUCUUAUCGUCGUCUCGCUGCUGUGGUCCAGCCUUUAGUUUUACUUUACUCCUUUUUCCCCUCCCGUGCAUUUCAAAUAGAUAUCGCGCUACGCGCAAAACGAGAAUAUCCGUCUCGAUUUCACGAUACAGCAGUUUCCUUUCUCGCUUCCGCGAUGCUCGACUCCUCUCACUCCUUCUCUUCCCGCCCUGAAGCGCGGCGAAAUGCCGCGAGCGAGCGGAAUUCCGCUCGUCUCGAUCUUAGGUGCGCAUUACCGCGAACUCGAGCACGUAUCCCCUGGCGGCUCGCCAAACUUUGCUCAACCACCACGAAAGAGCGAGAACGCUCUCCUCUCGACAUCUCCAGCUCCACCUCCACUUCUCGGGGUCGGCUUGGAAUAAUUCUUGGCAGACGGCCACGAGCCCGUCUGCCGCUUUUUCGCGUUGCACCGCGUUUUCUAGUCGCCGGUCUACCCAGACGGUACAAAUCGAGAGACAGAGACAGGGAGAGGAAGAGGAAGGAGCUCAAUCGAUGUCCGCAAAUACGCCCGCUUCGCGAAAGUAUAAAAUUCGAUUUCGGUAGGGCAUCUGUCUCCCCCGCCACCAGCACCUGGGCCGGCUACUAGCAGUAUUUCGGGCCAGACGUCGUCCUCCAGGUACGUUCAGAAGGAGAACACUCCGCCCCGCGGCCCCCGAACUCUUUUGCUGAGACGUGGUGAGAAUGGUUACGGAUUCACGCUGCGGCAUUUCAUCGUCUAUCCGCCCGAGUCCUGCUGCAUGCUGCCAGGGCACGAGCGGACGAAGAUCGACGAGCCUAUGGACACGAUCUUCGUGAAGCAAGUACGGGCGAAUUCACCGGCGGCCGAGGCGGGAUUGCGCACUGGCGAUCGCGUCGUUUCCGUCGACGGAACGCCUACUCGUGGAGAGCAAUACGCCAGCGUGGUGCAACGCAUUCAGCAAGCGGGACCGUGGCUGCGGCUUCUUGUAGUCUCCAAGGAGGACGAUAUCUUACAAAGGUACUUUGGUGAAACGGCGCACAAUCCGGAAACGAAUCAACGGCCGCGGCUGCGUUCCCCGGAAAGACUGUCACAGAAGCAACGCAGAUCGAUCAGCAUGAUCCCAGGCCCGUCACAGAGAACGCGGCAAUCCUGGGUCUGUUCUCUGCCGUCGUCCGAUAGUCCGGCAUCCGAUCCGUCGUCGUCGUCAUCGUCGUCGUCGCAUGCCAAUCACGAAGAGACAAGCCGCAGGAGUCAGCAACAGCAGCAAGCAUAUGCUGACAACAAAAGCCGAAUGGCGCCGUCGUUGUCAACUGACUCGCCGUAUCGUCGCGCUCAGAUUCAGCAGCCGCUCGCGGAAUCGCAAAUCGCGAGCGCGCUUUACGAUCCGUCGGAGGAUAUAGUUCCGCCAGGAGCCAGGAAUCUGCAACCGCUGCACGAUACGACUGAUGUCACAUCGAGCUCACAAAUCUACGGCCGCUCGUCCCAGGAUUCGAGAUACGAUCUGUAUGACAGAACGCGUCCCGAAUCGGUGUAUUCGCGACCGAGUAACGAGCAGAUCUACGACCGGAUCAACGAUCCGAUUUACGAACGCGUGCGUGUCAACGAAGCGUCGUCGCGCUUCACCAACGACCAGCACCACCAUCACCUGCAACAGCUUCACCACUACCAGCCGACGUCUCUAUUGCGUUACCCGGUGUCGCAUGCGGAGCCACAGGUGCCGAUCUAUCGACCAGUGAAGAGAAUGGUGGCGCGUCGCGCCAGCGAGGGUAGCGGAUGUAGUAGCGUCAGCGGAAUGAAACAAGAUUCCGAGACUGCCAGCUAUGGCAGUUUCGACGCGUUGAGAUCAAGCGAACCUGGGUCUAGCAGGUUGAGCAUCGAGUCGAGGCGGGACUCGUCGCCCGUUAGCAAAGACAGCGUGUCGCCAUACGACUCGAACUCGACUCUCACCGGCAACGAGUGUUCCGAUGAUUCCGUUAUCAUGAGCCGCCUUCGCAAGAGUUUCGAGCAGAAAGCGGAAUUCCUGCGACGACCGAGUCAUCCCAUCGGGUGGUUCGUAUCGGGAAGUGACGCGACGCCUGAGCCAACGUCGCUGUCGCGAUCUCAAGCGAGCAGCGGCCUCAAUCAAGCUGUGAUCCAGAGAGAGUUCUAUGCGAGACCGCAAAAGUUACAGAGACCGAUUUGGCCACCCGGAAACGAGCAACAACAGCGACAACAGUCUCCCACAAGGAGGCAGUCCUCUUUGGACGGAAGAAGCAUGCCCAAGUCCACUGCGAGCUUGGUAGCGGGCAAGCCGUCGAAUCAAAACGUACAGAGGAUAAAGGAAGUGGACUCGGAUUCCGAGUACACCAAAUCGCGAAACGAUCGAAUCGAUCAACAACAACAGCUCGUCGGCGACGAUCAAUCCAUUACCGGAGAUCACUGUUACUCGCUUCUCUACGAUGACGAACUCGCGAAGGAAACUUACCUCGCAACUGCUCACAGUGGCUCCGGUAAACCGACUGAACAGCAGCAACAAUAUCGUGCGACGAACAAAGCCAACUUCAUCAACACUCUGUCGAGGAUACAUGAGAAUGUUACAAGCAUGGUUGGCGCGAAUCAGUCGCAAGAUACGAGAAACGGCACCUCGUCGCUGCCGUCUUCACCGGGACCGGACAAAAAACCCGGAGACACCAAGUUUCCGGUGCCGCCGCAAGGUCUGCAGAUCGUUUCUAGACGAGCUAAACAGUUCGAAUCGGGUUGUCUGCUGAGCGACGAGGACGAGCCUACUAGUGAUCGUACGAAUCUCUACAAGAGCGAAUUGUCCAGACUGUCGAAUACGAGGAACGUACCGAAUGUAGCUGUGAGGAAAAGGGAGUUUGAGUCUAAGGCUGAGAGCCAAGAACCCAGAAGACUGCCAUCGAGAGAAACCAAGUCCCUCGACACCGUAAACAGGUGUCAUCAUUUAGGUCAUCAUGCAGUAUCGAAAGGCAACAGAAUAAUUCCUAUAGGCAGCAAGUAUAUCCAUUGCGAACCGCCGGCCGACUAUAAAGAGAGUGAAGCAGAGAUGCCCAUCAUGGAGACGGAGUUGGUGCGUUUGAGGGCGCGCAGCAACAGCGUGGAAUCCUGGGAGGCUACGAACGGUUCGGCGCGAGGAAGCGCCAGGCAUACGUGGCAGACCGCCGAGGAGGAUUUCGCGGAGAGACGAAGCAGCACCGAGGACAACAGCAAACCGCGAAAGCAGGACAAUUACCUGACGGGACAGUCGACGAAGAUGCAAGUCGCACCGGUUAAUGGUUCCUCGCCCAAUGGCUCGACCAAGAACGGCGUUGUGCUCAGGCGACAGAAGAAUGCACAGAUCAGUGACGAGGAUCGAGCUACCAGGCGGGUUUCGUACCUAAAGGCAACAUGGAGCGAACGAAUGCACGUCGACAGUGAUCUCGAGCUCAGCGACUCCGAACCAGUUCAUAUUCACAGGAGUGCGCAUAGACGAUGGCGACCACCGUUAUUUCCAAGCGACAUAACGCCUCUGCGACGCAUCUUCGAGGACAUGACACAGGCCGCGUCCUUGCAUCGAAACUUUCAUAAUCGUAAUAGUAUCGCUGUUACGCAUGAUACGUCGAACAGUUGCGAUGGAACUGCGAAAGACGUUGAACCAGUGGAACAGGAGGGAUCCCUUCAUGUUAAAUUCACAGUGCUCGAUGGCAAGCGAUCUACCGAUCGUUCCUGGAAGCAAGUCUGGGGUAUCCUCCGUGGUCCUAUAAUAUAUUUCUACAAGGAUCGUCACAGUCAGAGUCCUUCGUUGAGCACCGAGAAUGAAGCGAGCGCUGGGCAAACCGUCGACGUUAGGUGCUCUGUGGUGGAUGUUGCCGAAGACUAUACGAAGCGGAAACACGUACUGCGUAUAGCAAAUCCUACGGCGGAAGUGCUAUUACAAACAGAGGAUGCGGCGUCUAUGGCGCUCUGGUUAAGGUCACUUCAUUCUCAGGCCGCCGCGGAAAGAUCAUCGGACAUCGCGUCUUGUACAUCGAAGCAGCAAGCCGUUCCGCAAACUCCAACGGGCCCGACAACUCCGAAUAACGCCGUUUCCCCCGGGAAUAACCAAAGAUUGAGUCCUCUGCCGAGCCAUAAGGGUAUCAAGAAGUUAACGUCGUUCAGAAAUCGAUCGCCGACUGGCCAGUCGCCGGUGAACAAGACUCGUAAACCAAGUCAAACGGUAGAGCCUUUACCAUCGCCCAAGUCGAAGACUUGGAAGGGACGAAUGGCGAAACAGUUCAGGAGGAUGCACGGUCAAACAGGCUCACCUUCCUCGCCCACGGCGCAAUUACCACCCGAAGGAGCUACUUUCAAAGUGCCACUCGAGCUGUGUCCACGUGCUCCAGAUUCCGAUGUGCCGAUGAUUGUCGAGAUAUGCACGAAGAUCGUCGAAGCAAGAGGUCUCGAGGUUGUGGGGAUUUACCGGGUGCCCGGAAAUACUGCAGCGAUUUCCCAACUUACGGACAGCGUUAAUAGCGGAUUCAACAACAUAAACUUUCAGGAUCCACGCUGGAGUGACGUCAAUGUGAUAUCGUCGUUGCUGAAGUCGUUUUUCCGUCAACUUCCUGACUCCUUAUUCACGGCCGAACUGUAUCCCAUGUUUAUCGACGCUGAUAAGAUAGAAGAUCCACAGAGAAGAAUGACCACGAUACGAAAAUUGUUGCGGGAUCUUCCGGAGCAUCACUUUGAGACGCUGAAACACUUGAUGCUACAUUUGAAGAAGAUAGUGGAGCACAGUGAAACGAACAAAAUGGAGGCCAAGAAUUUGGCGAUUGUUUUCGGACCGACACUGGUGCGAGCGAGUGGUUCGAGAGACAAUAUGGUUACCAUGGUUAACGAUAUGUCCCAUCAGUGUAAAAUAGUCGAGAAUCUGCUGAAUAACGUUGAUUGGUUCUUCUCAGAGGACGACUUGGACGACUUGAGCAGAUUGAGCGUGAAUUUAAGCCUGCCAGCUGAUAGCUGCGAAGUUGAACCGACAUCUAACACCAAUCAUAGUCUUUUGUUAAAUAACAUUCAGAAGAUCGAAGGCAUGCGCGACAUGGCAUCGGCUAGGGACAUUGUAUCAUCAAUCAUAUCCGCAGCUAACAAAAAGAUACAAAGAAGACGGAAAACACAGGACGAAAUCGACAACGGCGACCACGACAACGAUAAGACGAAAACAAAACAGGAGUCGGAAAAUUCGCCAACGAUUCGGCAAAGCAUGGCCCUGAACGAGCGACAGUGCUCCGUCAGCGAAAUUGUGCUGAUGCAUGAGAGCAAGAAUCAGUCGAAUCAUACUAUGGACCGUCCCGACCGAUCUUUGUCGGUCGACGCUGCUGGUGGCAGUUCGUCGAACGGAGCAUCGCCGAAUCGCUCUAAGUACGCGAAUCAAUCGACACAUUCGUCAUCUGUAGACUCGCCGCGAUUGUCGAGCGAGACCGGUCUGAGCUCGGCGGAAACAAGCUCCACGAUAUCCAGCGCGUCUAAUCAGACCAAGCAGGAUAACGAUGAGAUUGCGAUCAGAACGUAUGCCGGCUUGAGCGCAACCACGCAAGAAAGGAUACGGAGGUUUGAGCAGGAAACGCGAGCGAUGCUGCAACGAGAUCAACAUCGGCAAAGACGCGAGGCCGAAAAGAGGGAGGAGGAGAAACGUAGGAUCGAAAUGGAGUGGCAACUGGCGAAACGGGAGAUGGAGAACGACGACCUGCUCGAUAGUAUAGUCGACACCACGGUGUCGCCGAAUCUCCUAUCGGAACGCUUGUCUGGUCUGAACGAGAGACUUGCUGACAAAUCGCUGAUGGACCUAUCCGAACGGCCCGUGCGAGACUCCAGAUCGCGAUCGACCACGAGGUCACCGUUGUCCAUUGCCGUGCAACCUAAUAUGCACCACAAGACGCAAGCCACCAAUCAGCUGACCAGCGUGUUGGGCGAGAAGAUGAAUAAUGGCGUUAUUAAAAAAUUCAAAACAGAUAAAGAUCCAUCGAUGGAGUCGAUUUGCCUGCCGCCAGUUCGAUAUGGAAGUCUGGACUCCUUACACGAGGUACACAAUUUCUCGCAGUCCUCUCCGUCACCGUCGCAACAGCAGCGAGGUGUUCCAGGCGACGUCUCGGAUGAUGCAGGAUCUUGUUUUCUACAGUGGACACAGAAGAUACUCACUAUUAACAAAAAGCUUUCUAGGCACACAGCAAGCCCGGGCUUUUGGUGGUACAUAUCGUCCCACCUGUACGGUACCACAGGCCCCGGUAGCACCGCCCCGAAAACACCGGCCCAGUCGCCAAUAUCAAUGCCAGUGCCAAUGCCCAUACCCGUGUCAAUGUCAGCAACAACAACCGCAACAACAUCAACAGUCGUCGUCGUCGAGCCUUCUCGGCAAUCGCUGGUUGCUGUCGCGUCUGCAUCAGCUGCCCUCUCAUCAUCGCCGACAGGAGACGCACGACCAUCAUCGUCAUCAUCAGCAACGAACAACGAGUCCGCCGGCGAGCCAGGCUUCUCAAAGUUGCUGCCAGGCUCAGGGCCUGCCACUGGGUCCGCCACCAAGACUUUAAACCGAUUCCUCCGAGGUAGCGACCUUUUGACUAGCCUCACAACCACGUUCGAUCGCAAAUGGAGAUCUCUCGUGAAUCAGUCGUCGAAUCAGGUACAGCCCCCACUGGAAUCCGCCUCCUGCAAUAAGGAAAGCACAGACGACACAGAGCAACAGGAGCAGAAGGCGAAUACGUCUCCGAAAUUCAAGUAUCCGUCUACAGAAGCAUAUCGCGAUCCCAGUCUUCAUAAAUCGAUCGACAAGAGCCAUCUCUCUCGUUCGAAGAACAACGCUCCUGAGAAGGACACCGAUUCAACUGACACGCAGCAUCCUUCAGAGCCUGUCACACCGAACAACGAUCGUAGCGCGAGCGACAAGCAGAGAUCAGAGACUAAGACUACGCCGAGUCACGUCGCGGACAAGACGGAAAAAACGGUGCCAAUUACGAGCGAGAAGGACGAAGAUCAGAAGGCGGACGUAGGGGAUUGCGCGCGCACGGGAAACCCGAAACGCUACGAAUUGCCGAAUGCGACAAGUCUUCAAGAAAGUAAAUCGACGUCGCCUAACGCGUGCAUGGAAGAAGCAGACGUCGAUACGAAACUAGAAGACGGCAAGGACCAUCAUUACGAGUCCGGCGAUUCCAGUUACUUUAACAAGCUGAAAAAAUUUGAGAGCUUGACGAACUUCGAGGCGAGAUCGCGCUUGAAACGCUCGGAGUCGCUGAACAAGAGAUCCGAGAGCACCACGUCGAGACUGAAGAGAUCCGAGAGUCUGAACAAACACUCGACCGAGAGACUGUCGUCGCCGACGAAUGGCAAGCUCAAGCGUUCCGAGAGUCUGAACAAACACUCCGACGGACGAUCGGAGUCGCCAGGCAGCAAGCUGAAGCGCUCGGAGUCGCUGACGAAAACGGAGAAGACCGAGUGCAACAUCAGCAAAAGACGGCAAUCGGUGCGCAAGGAGAGCGCCACCAAAUUGAAGCGAAAGAACGGCAUGCCGGAGCGCUCGAUCAAGCGCAGGCACACAGUCGGCGGCACCAAGGACUUCGACAAGGUGCAUUGGUUAGAUAAUAAGUUGCAGUCCGAGGCAGAAAGGAUCAUCAGGAGCGACUACAGACCGAAGAAGAGUCAGCUGCGAACUAGUUCGCCUGACCUAAGUACCAACCGCGUCAGCAUGACUGACACGAGCUUCCUUAUCGAAGUAAGCUUUCGCGGACCCAGCAACGUCGUAUUCAACGUGACCAAUACGCGGCCACAGUCGUUACCAGACGCGAGUCUCGCGUCCAAGGUCUUCAAAGUACCUCUUGAGAGUCACGUGUAACAAUGCACGUAAAUAAUCCAACAUCUCCUCCGAAAAGUACACCCGCAGUGCUGUUACAUUGCUGCCGUCAUUUUUUAAUAUCACGCAUAAACCGAGCCACAUAUCAUAUUUAUAUAUGUAUAUAUAUAUUUCUCUCUUAUUAUAAAAUAUGCAUACUCGACACGAAAGUCAGUCUAAGUUCGAAAUAUCAAGACCAUCUUUUUCACCAAUUAUCACCCGCAAACGUGCCAAAGAGCCCAUCAUCGAUCAAUCACACGGAUGAUCGUUAUCGUCCAAAAACGAUAACGCCGACUAUUCGCCACGACUGCUAUAUGAUAAGGUGGAUAUAUUUAUCGCCACGGUCUCGCGCAGUAUAAUAUCUUGACCAUUGCUUUAUUCUAGAUUAAUCUACAAUCUCACAAUUGUGCAGACAAGAGCGUAAAACGAGAUCGUUGCGACGGAAAUUAUUAUGAAACGAAGGAGUCAAACGGCGUUAGGCUCUCACUUUUAUUCUCUUUCUCCUUCAAUCUCGCUCGUUGGAGAGAGCAGUGACAAAGAUACGACUCACUUUACAUCCAAAAGCAAAGCGGACGUAAGUAAAUCCAAGUUGCAGAUAACGCUAUCGAAAAACGUAAGAAAGUUAUCUUAGCGAUUAUACUGAAUUAUAUGUGGUAUUUGCGCAUGAUGUCAAUUAUAUAUACAUAUACAUACAUACAUAUAUAUAUAUAUAUAUAUAUAUAUAUAUAUAUAUAUAUAUAUAUAUAUAUGUAUGUACAUAUAUAUACACACACAAAUCAUACUUGUGAAUUGUGAUCGUGACAUUUUUGUACAUAAGUAUGUAUAUGCAAGAAAUAAUUUAAUUGGAUAUUAAUUUAAGGUGACUACGUAUAUACAUAUUAUAUAUAUACUGUCUGUCUUUAAAUUUAUAUUUUAAUAACCACUUUAUACAUUUCGUCGUGGAUAUCGCGUACGAUAAACAUUAAUCCUCGUACGAUUAGUAGAAUGUUAACGCGUGUACGCGUUAUUUUUAACGAAAGUGCGACGGAGAAACAGCGUAUAUAUAUCGCGGAUUGAAGAUUAUAAACGCAUGCGUGUUUCUACGAACACGAAAUUGUCGCAAUUCCGUCGUGAGAGCGAUCAGCGUACGUUAUGAGGAAAGUUCUUCGCUUGAAAGGUAGCAUUCGUAACGUUGAGAUUUUUUUACUAGAAACUCCCCGAUGAAAAGUCUACACGAUGUGAUAAGCCUUGGUCGAUCGCGCGUCUAUCUUUCGAUGUAUACAUAUCGUUAUAACGUAUGAAUGUAGCGUGACUGUGUGGUGCGUAGACACGUUAUGCUCGCGAUCGCGCUGCCGUAAACGCGUCUACCCGCCUGCCUGCUGUGUGUUUGUGUGUGUGCGCGUGUGUAUGUCUAUGCGCACGUAUUUUUUACGUAAAUUGUGAUUAUUAUUGCAAUUAAUAAUCGAUCUAAGAGACUGCUGUCGCGGCAUUGUAAAUUUUAGGCAAUUAUAAUAAAGAGACAGGACGCGAACCGGUGCCGUCAAUUAUUCGGUGCCUCUUGCUCGUUGACGGAAGGAAACGGUACGUCAAGUGGUGCUGUGACGUGCAGCGCGUCUCUGUAUUCCUUGUGUAAAAUAAUAUUUCUAAUCUUUCACCAUAAAUUAAUAUCUCUCUCAAAAAUAUUUCAGACGCUUGAACCUCCUUACGGGUUCAUUAGUGCCGUGUUACUUGUGCUUUUCUUUUUCGAGACACUUUACACGUUUCGCCAAAUUCUGUGCCCCUGUAACUCCUGUAAUUCGCGUUUAUAAUUAUUAGAGCAUUGCGUCAAGUCGAGAAACUAGCGACGAGCAAACGAGCGGAUCACGAGAAACUAGAUGUUCCACGACUGCUAACGCGAUCCGCAACGUUGCUUCGUGCUCGAGAAAUUGCCCGUUUCACUCAACCGCGAACAUUGGUGGGCGAAAUUCGUUCAAACUCAAACAACGAGUGAGAAUUUCGCGCGGGAGUGCAUAUAUACGUAUAGAUUUGCAAAUGUAUACAAAUACGUUUGCAAGUACGCAUUCAACAUAACAUGUCGUCUAUUAUUUCCGAAUGCAUUUUAUCCGACACCGCCAACGGAUGCAUGCGCGUACAUCCGUAAAUAAUGUAACGCGAAUUAUAGCACGUCAUAUUUAACUGUGCGAUUAAUUUACUCUUACUAUGUAAUAGGACUUAAUCUUU